CCAUGUACAGCUAGAGCAUGUGAUAUAAGCCCAACAAGUGCUGAGCAGAAUCAGAUCUCUUCACCUGUGACACAUUUAAAAGCUCGCUUUGGUUCGCAAUGUGCUUCUUCCUGCUUCUUCUCUCAGCAAUUGCAUAAACACUGUUUGCAUACGCCACCCACUGAACACCAAUGUCUUCCAUCGACAACGCUCUCAUCCACCCAGUCCCCCUUCUGUCUUCGAUCGAGCCGCAGACAUUGUCAGGCAAAGAGAGCGUGGCUGGGUCGGGAAGCGAGAAUGAAAAGUUCGCCCAACAGCCAUUGGAAAGUUCCAUCGGAGACAGCAAUCCAGAUGUCGUCCCCGUGGAUUCAGAUGUCGUUCUCGUAGACUACGAGGAGAACGACCCGGAAAACCCUUUGAAUUGGUCGCCAACGCGAAAAUGGCUGAUGGUCUUCGCUAUCUCGUGGAUGGGUUUCGUUAGUGUCUUUGCAACAAUGACGAUCACGCCCACAGCGCCACAGAUCUUACAAGAGUUCCAUUCGCACAAUACGCUCGACCAGACCUUGCUCGUCACGAUCUGGGAGCUCGGGGAAGCCAUUGGCCCUUUUUUCAUUGCGCCGCUCUCUGAGAGAUUCGGCCGGCUUCCCGUCUUCCACACUGGAAAUUUCCUCGCGCUCUGUUGCUUGGUCGCUUGCGCCCUGAGCAGGAACAUUCCCAUGGUGAUUGCGUUCCGAUUCUUAACGGGCUGCUUCCUGUCGAUUCUCACCCUCGGGCCCGCCAUCGUCGGGGACUUGUUCGAAAUGGAACAAACCGGCGUGACCAUGUCAUUGGUCAUGGGAACUCCGAUGUUAGCAGAUUUCAUCUCGCCCGUCGCAGGAGCGUAUAUCGCACAGGACUUGGGUUGGCGAUGGUCGAUUUGGCUGGCGGCCAUCGUGCUCGGAUUCUUCAGCUUGUUCUUAUUUCUCGUGCUCCGGGAGACGUACGCAGUCGUCAUUCUGAGGCGGAAGGCGGCGCGGUUACAAAAGAAGAGCGUGGACGGCAAGAAGUAUCGUUCCAAACAUCAAGCUCGUGUCGAUGCAUCCACCAUACUCGAAAGCGUUCUGAGGCCGAUGCAGAUCCUUCUCCACUCUCCCAUCCUCAUGCUGACGACGAGCUACAUGGCCUUAAAAUACGGCUUACUCUCGUUGAUCCUGGCCACCCUCACGGAAACCAUGGAGUCAACGUACCCCACCGUCUUUUCUCGCGGCUCUGUCGGCUUGACGUUUUUGAGUCUCGCCAUCGGCAACACCAUCUCUUUGAUCUUCUACAGUCUCACUUCAGACCGCUACGUGAUCCACCAGCGGAAAAAGAAGGGCGACGCAUUCAAGCCGGAGGCUCGGCUGGUGCAUCUGCUUGCUGCCGCAAUCAUUCUUCCUAUAGGCUUCCUCAUCUACGGAUGGGCAUUGAGGUAUCAUGUUCAAUAUAUCGUGCCGCUCAUCGGAACGGCUGUUGCGGCAUUCAGCACGACACUCUCCACCGUCCCGGUCGAAACGUACGUGGUGGACGUUUACAAGAUCCAUGGGGCAUCUGGUAUAGCUGCUGGUGUGAUCUUCCGAGCGACUGCUGGAGCUUUCCUGCCGUUGAUCGGCCCUCCUUUAUAUUCAAGCAUUGGGUUGGGCUGGGGUAACACUGUUCUGGCAUUCAUCGCAGCCACUUUCAUUCCCCCGGUGGCCUUGCUGAUGAGAUACGGAGACUGGUUUCGCAGUAAAGAACGAGUUUUAAAGUCUGGACGAUAGAUUGAUUGUCAUCCACAGCAAACGUUAACGUACUUGAUCAGUAAGCGAUAUAUACCAGUAUGCGAUAGAGAACAUUUGUGUUAUGAGCCGUAAGACUUUCGGGUUGAGGCUUGCCAAGCUCGCUUGCACAGAAAAAUGUUAGCAAAGUGUGUUCACGAGACUAGGAGUCUUCUGAUAGAGGUCCUAGGGGGAUCUCAUUCCUCUCUGAUGAUUUCUACCAGUGUUGUACGGGCUCGUUUUGGUAAGAAGCGGUCCAGGCAUUUUGUUUGGAACGAUGUCACCGUGAUCUAAGGUAUUCAGACGUUGGAUCCGGGGUCCAAACGAUGAGUUCAAAAGAGAACGAAGAUUCUGUAUAGUACUGGCACUUCUGCCGUAGAUAGGAGCUUCGUGCUCAACUCCUUAAAAUAAUUAAAUCAUCAAG